GAUGUGGCGUUGUACUGACCCCUCCUCUUAACUAUUUUAGGUGCGAAGCCGUCCUCGUGCUAGAAUUUCCUCGUGAAUCUCUUGCCGUAGUUGCAAGCAAGUCCUCAGUGUGUUGUGUGCAGGCAGGGGUGGCUGUCAAAAGUUGAAAACACAGAUCGCAACAAGAAGAUGACUGACAUCGGGCACAGCACAAAAGAAUCAAAUUUUGAAAUCCUUCGAGUCUUGAACAGCAAGCCAGCCAGCCAAGGGGAGUCAAAGGUUCUAGAGACCGACACUUGGCAUCCUCUAGGGAUUGAUUUUGGAAACGGAGGCGUGCCUUUUCCACGAUGCGGAGAUUCGUGACCGAUAAAGCCAGAAAUGUCGUCAAUCGACUCGCUUCGUCUUCUCACGCGUUUCCGCCUCGCGCUUAUUCCCCUUCAUCUCUGUCCCGUUUCUUGACCAGCGCCAGCGCGGAUCUUUCGUCUGUGUCCGAUUCCAUGGCGGGUUCUGAUUAUUCAUCUGCUCCGAUCAAUAUUCAUUCCAUCAACCCCAAGGUUCUAAAAUGUGAGUAUGCUGUUCGUGGAGAAAUUGUCAAUCUUGCUCAGAAACUACAAGAGGAGCUGCAUUCAAAUCCGGGCUCUCAUCCGUUUGAUGAGAUACUUUAUUGCAAUAUUGGAAAUCCCCAAUCACUUGGUCAGCAGCCAAUUACUUUCUUUAGGGAGGUUCUGUCGUUAUGUGACCAUCCUUCCAUUUUGGAUAAGAGUGAAACCCAAGGCCUGUUCAGUGCGGACUCCAUAGAACGGGCUUUCCAAAUCCUUGAUCAAAUUCCUGGAAGAGCAACUGGUGCAUACAGCCAUAGUCAGGGUAUCAAAGGAUUGCGUGAUACAAUUGCUUCUGGUAUAGAAGUUCGUGAUGGUUUCCCUGCCAAUCCAAAUGAUCUUUUCUUGACUGAUGGUGCAAGCCCAGCGGUUCACAUGAUGAUGCAAUUGUUGAUUAGUUCUGAGAGUGAUGGAAUUCUUUGUCCCAUCCCUCAGUAUCCACUUUACUCUGCUUCAAUAGCUCUCCAUGGCGGUACUCUCGUUCCUUAUUAUCUUGACGAGGCGAGUGGAUGGGGACUUGAAGUCUCAGAGCUUAAGAAACAACUCGAAACUUCCAGGGCCAAGGGGAUCAAUGUUAGGGCAUUGGUUGUGAUAAAUCCUGGAAACCCCACAGGACAGGUUCUUGCUGAAGCUAACCAAAGGGAGAUAGUAGAUUUUUGCAAGAAAGAAGGUCUCGUGCUUCUGGCAGAUGAAGUAUACCAAGAAAAUGUCUAUGUGCCCGACAAACAAUUCCACUCAUUUAAGAAAGUUGCACGUUCUAUGGGUUAUGGAGAGAAGGACAUUUCUUUGGUAUCAUUUCAGUCUGUUUCUAAAGGAUUCUAUGGAGAAUGUGGAAAGCGAGGAGGUUACAUGGAAGUCACUGGAUUUAGCCCCGAAAUAAGGGAACAAAUUUACAAAGUUGCAUCUGUAAAUCUAUGCUCCAACAUUUCUGGCCAGAUUCUUGCCAGCCUUGUCAUGAGCCCACCUAAGGUUGGAGAUGAAUCGUACGACUCUUUUUGUGCUGAGAAAGAUGCAAUACUAUCAUCUCUGGCAAGGCGUGCAAAGACACUUGAAGAAGCAUUCAACAGCAUGGAAGGAGUGAGUUGCAAUAGAGCAGAAGGAGCUAUGUAUCUUUUCCCUCAAAUUCGUCUCCCUGAGAAAGCUAUAAAGGCCGCAGAAGCAGCAAAGACUGCUCCGGAUGCGUUCUAUGCUCGCUGCCUUCUCAAUGCUACGGGAAUAGUAGUCGUCCCAGGCUCCGGCUUUGGACAGGUUAGCGGAACGUGGCAUUUUAGGUGCACGAUUUUGCCUCAAGAGGACAAAAUACCAGACGUCGUCGCCCGCCUUACAGUAUUCCACCAAAGGUUCAUGGAUCAGUACCGCGACUGAUUAUGCUGCUGCUGCUGCUAUAAUAUAUGCUACAUCUCCAAAGCACUCUGAAUAAUACUCUAAACUGUCCCAAAUUGUUCUUGUUGUGGUCAUUUCUGAGUUUUGAAGCCUACAAGUGUGUGAUUUACAGUAGAUGAUGCAUCUGUUUUUGUAUUAGUGCUGACAAAAAGAAUUUUCAUUGUUGGCUCAAAAUUUGUAAGGGUUCGUCUGGAACUCGGAAGUACUUUCUACGAGUGCAUAUUCCUUCUAUUAAUUCAUACGCUUCUUUAUUUUCUAAUAAAGUAAAGAGUAUGUAGGCUACAUUUUUUCUCUCCUAAUAAAAUUUCAACCAUUUA